AUGAGAAAUAAACGAUUCAUGUACGGUAAAGUAAUUCUCGCCACGUCGAUGAUAUGGUUCAUGUUCGAUGUGUUGUUGUUACUUUACUACACUGAUGAUGGCAACAGAGGUUCCAUAACCCAAGAACAUACACAGUCAAGACGAGUGGAUCUCAAAGGCCCUGGCGAAAUGGGCCAGCCGGUCAUUAUACCACCGGAGGAAGAGGAACUUAAAAAGGAGAUGUUUAAAAUAAACCAAUUCAAUCUUUUAGCUAGCAAUAAAAUAUCCGUCAACCGAACUCUUCCAGAUGUCCGAAUAGAUGGGUGUAAAAAGAAAAUAUACCCGCCUUCCCAGAAACUCCCUACGACUAGUAUCAUUAUAGUAUUUCAUAACGAGGCUUGGAGUACGCUUAUACGAAAUAUACAUAGUAUUAUUAAUAGGUCACCCAGAGAGAUCUUAGAAGAAAUUAUUUUAGUAGAUGAUGCCAGUGAACGAGAUUUUCUUGGCAAACAACUGGACGAUUACGUCAGAGGUCUUUCCGUUCGGGUCAGAGUGGUGCGCAUGGCGGAACGAAGUGGUAUAGUCGGUGCGCGAUUACGUGGUGCCGCGAUUUCCACCGGAGAGGUGCUCACCUUCUUAGAUGCCCAUUGCGAGUGUACGAAAGGAUGGCUGGAGCCACUCAUAGCGAGAAUAGCGGAGGAUCGAACCCGAGUGGUGUCUCCAGUUAUUGAUUCCAUCAGCGAUGAGACUUUUGAAUAUAAUUCUGUACCAGAGUUGGGUUGUGGUGGUUUCAACUGGAGACUUAAUUUCCGGUGGUAUCCGAUGUCGAAACGGGAAAAAAAGAGAAGAAAAGGAGAUGCAACCAUUCCUAUUAACACACCCACAAUGGCGGGAGGUCUUUUUUCAAUACAUAAAGAAUAUUUUUACCGGAUUGGUACGUAUGACGAAGGUAUGGACAUCUGGGGAGGUGAAAACUUAGAGAUGUCGUUCAGGAUUUGGAUGUGUGGUGGCACGUUGGAGAUCGUACCAUGUUCACACGUGGGCCAUGUUUUCCGCGGCAAAUCGCCGUACACAUUCCCUGGUGGAGUAGCUACAGUUGUUCAUAACAACAACAGAAGGUUGGCAGAAGUAUGGAUGGACGAAUAUAAAUCAUUUUAUUAUAAGACAGUGCCAAAUGCCAGGAACGCAGAGUAUGGUGACAUCGAGGAUCGCAAGCAGCUCAGGGAGAAAUUACAAUGCAAUAGUUUCAGAUGGUAUUUAGAGAACAUUUUUCCCGAUUCUCAGUUUCUGCUGGACAAUUAUUUUAGGUUUUGUGAGGUCCGUAAUAUGGAAACUAAGCAAUGUUUGGACAAUAUGGGACAAAAGGAGAAGAGCAAAGCUGCUUUAUCUAGGUGUCACGGGCAAGGUGGACAUCAGAUUUAUGCUUGGUCCAAGUUGAAUGAGUUAAAACACGACGACUUGUGUCUAGAUGCUUCUGCGCCGAGUGGUUUCAAAGACGUCGAGCAGUCGCGAUGUAACUCUCAUGGUGGAACUCAAGAAUGGAGAUACAAUGAAGAGUUAAAAUCGAUAAUGCACGUGGUGAGCGGCUUGUGUCUCGACAAGGCAGAUGCUGAUAGCACCACACCCACGCUGCAUCAAUGUGACAAUCGCCUAUCGCAGAAGUGGGAGCUGGUUGAGAUAUCAAUGUUUGACAUCAAUGAUGAAUAA